AUGUCUUCAAACUCAUUAGAACAAUUAAAAGCAACCGGUACAACAAUUGUUACCGAUACUGGUGAAUUUGAACAAAUUGCUAAAUAUAAACCACAAGAUGCUACAACAAAUCCAUCAUUAAUUUUAGCUGCUACAAAAAAUCCAGAUUAUGCAGAUGUUAUUGAUGUUGCUAUUAAAUAUGCUGAAGAUAAAGGUUCAAAUCCAAAAGAAAAAGCUGAUAUUGCUUUAGAUAGAUUAUUAAUUGAAUUUGGUAAAAGAAUCUUAGAAAUUGUACCAGGUAGAGUUUCAACUGAAGUUGAUGCAAGAUUAUCAUUUGAUACUAAAAAAACAAUUGAAAAAGCUUUACAUCUAAUUGAUUUAUAUAAAAAAGAAGGUAUUGAUAAAGAUAGAAUUUUAAUUAAAAUUGCUUCAACUUGGGAAGGUAUUCAAGCAGCAAGAGAAUUAGAAUCAAAACAUGGUGUUCAUUGUAAUUUAACUUUAUUAUUUUCUUUUACUCAAGCUGUUGCUUGUGCUGAAGCUAAAGUCACUUUAAUUUCACCUUUUGUUGGUAGAAUUUUAGAUUGGUAUAAAGCUUCAACUGGUGAAAAUUAUACUGCUGAAACUGAUCCAGGUGUUAAAUCAGUUAAAGACAUUUACAACUACUACAAAAAAUUUGGUUAUGAAACUAUUGUUAUGGGUGCAUCAUUUAGAAAUGUUGGAGAAAUUAAAGCAUUAGCAGGUUGUGAUUUCUUAACUAUUGCACCUAAAUUAUUAGAAGAAUUAUAUAAUUCAGAUGAUAAAGUUCCAAAAGUAUUAGAUGCUUCUGAAGCUAAAGCUGAAGAUAUUAAAAAAGUUACAUUUGUUGAUGAUGAAGCUAAUUUUAGAUUACAAUUAAAUGAAGAUGCUAUGGCUACUGAAAAAUUAUCUCAAGGUAUUAGAAAUUUUGGUAAAGAUGCUGCUACUUUAUUAUCUCAAUUAGAAAAAAGAUUUGAAUAA